AUGCACUACCUUGCUCUCUUGAUUGAUGACCAGCUGGAGAAGAUGAACGCGUCGGAAAUGCUAUCCUAUCGAGACAGGGUCAUAGGCAUUGCAAAUGGUGCAAUGCAGCCCGAUAGACAAAUCUGCCUUGAAUGGAUGCUUAGUGACACGAUCCGGCAAAUGCACUCCAUUGACGACCUUCUCGUCCACGAUCUCAUUCAAGGAUUCUGCACGCUCCUUCGCGCCCAGACGGCUGCAGAGCGUCUAUCAAUCAGACAUCUCGGUCCGUACCUUGAGUUCAGGGAAGUCGAUGUGGGCAGACCAUUUUAUACCGCAUUAAUGAGAUUCGGAGCCAAUCUACAUCUCACCCCCAUAGAACUUAGUAGGGCUGCGAAUCUUGAAUCAUCUGCAUUUCGGUUCAUGGGUGUCCUCAAUGAUAUCUAUAGCUGGAACCGGGAAUGGAGGAUUUAUCAAGAAAGUCCCAUCGAUGGAACUCGACCUUUCUCUGCCAUCUAUAUUCUGUCGCAAGAAACAGGAUUGCCCUACUCGGCCUGCAAAAGACUAAUGUAUAACUAUUGCCGGGAAUUGGAGAUUGUUCUUACGCAGUCAGGGGAUGAUAUCAGAUGUGCAAGUGCAGAACUGACCCCCGAUAUGGAGACGUAUAUCAAGGGAUUGGAAUAUCUUAUGAGCGGCGUUGAAACUUGGAGCCAAUGGACCCCACGCUAUAAGGAAGCGUGA